AUGCAGACGGCAGGAGGGUGUCCCCACCAUGGCUUACACUCAGCACCUGGCUGGAAUCAAAGCCCACUUCCGGAUCCACAGCCUCUUGGCUCGACAGUGCCUUGCAGAAUUUCUGGGUGUAUUUGUGCUCCUGCUCCUCACCCAGGGGGCUGCGGCUCAGGCUGUCACCAGUGGAGAAACCAAAGGGAAUUUCUUCACCAUGUUUCUGGCUGGCUCUUUCUCCGUGACAAUAGCCAUCUACGUGGCAGGCAAUGUCUCAGGAGCCCACCUGAACCCAGCUUUCUCACUGGCCAUGUGCCUCCUGGGACGCUUCCCCUGGGCCAAGUUCCCCAUUUACUGCUUGGUGCAGCUGCUGGCUGCCUUUUGUGCCUCAGGAGCCACCUAUGUCCUUUACUAUGAUGCCUUACAGAACUACACAGAUGGGAAACUGACAGUGACUGGACCCAAGGAGACAGCCUCCAUCUUUACCACCUAUCCUGCCCCCUAUUUGUCCUUGAACAAUGGCUUUCUGGAUCAGGUCAUAGGCACUGCGAUGCUGAUUGUGGGGCUCUUGGCCAUCCUGGACAGACGCAACAAGGGCGUGCCUGCUGGUCUGGAGCCAGUUGUGGUAGGGCUGCUGAUCCUGGUUAUUGGACUCUCCAUGGGUGUCAACUGUGGGUUUCCACUCAACCCUGCCCGGGACCUGGGACCACGGCUCUUCACCUACGUGGCUGGCUGGGGCCCUGAAGUCUUUAGUGCUGGGAACGGCUGGUGGUGGGUGCCGGUGGUAGCUCCUCUGGUGGGAGCCACUCUUGGCACUGCCAUAUAUCAAAUGUUUGUGGCUCUGCACCACCCUGAGGACCCACAGCUGGCUCAGGAUCUGGACUCCAGUCAGCACGAAGACUCAGACUUGGCAAAACCUGCCUCACCUCAGAUGCUGGAGUGUAAGCUGUGAUUCUGACAGAAUUAACCUCAUGUAUGGAUUCGAGAGCCACAACUGGCCCGUUUCCAAGACAGAUAUUCUUUACGUAUAUCAGACCCUGUUUCCCCCGCAGACACCCCUUUCUCCUAAACUGGAAAGGAGGCCUGGACAGGGGAAACAGAGCAGGAGGAGGUUAGGGUGCUCAGGUCCUGCUCCCCUUCUCCCCGCAAAUGCCUUUUCUCAAUUUAGGGGCCUCUAAAGAAGUAGUUACUUACAGAGGCCGCCAGGGGGUGCACGCCUUGAAUGCUGGCUCCGGAAAGCUGAGAGAAUCGCGGGGAGUGGGUGCCAACUUCCCACGCGGUGGGGGACAUAACCUUGGAAACCCCAAAGCUAAGACCCACUGCCCGGCUCCAGUUCCCUGUUCCUGUUGCAGCGGCGCCGUGCGCAAUACCCUCCAGGGGCGCCACCCCGAGACUCUGCCGCCCCCGACGGUCGGUCGAGGUGGGGAAGGAGGUUCCACCCGGGGGCGCGUUGGGGCGGCAUGGGCCUGGAGAUCUGGAGAGCCAGGCGGAGUAACAGAGGCACAGCUCAGUGGACUACCUAGCCAGCCCCGAGCCAUGUCGUCUCAGCGGAGGGUACAAUGGCACGAGACCAGCCAGGGCUUGGAGAAAAGGCAAAGGCGCAGGGGCAGACAGCUCCGAAGGGGCUAAGGGAAGACGGAUACGGAGGAAAGUUCUCGUAGCUCCACUUCUCCGCCUUCACUCCCCUCCUCCAGAUGAUGCUCUUUUUGCAGAGAGGGCAGCAGCUUUCUCCCGUCCCCUUUCUCCCAAAUUAAAUAAAACCUGGGUUACCCUGA